AUGACUGACAAUCCGUUUGAAUAUGCUGUGUUACUUACCAUCAUUGCGAAUUGUGUGGUGCUGGCAUUGGAAGAGCAUCUGCCUUGUAAGGAUAAGACGAUACUGGCUCAAAAACUGGAAAAAACGGAGGCCUAUUUCCUUGGUAUUUUUUGUGUAGAAGCGUCCCUCAAAAUAUUAGCACUAGGUUUUGUACUCCACCCGAAAUCAUAUCUCCGCAAUAUUUGGAACAUGAUGGAUUUUGUUGUAGUAGUUACAGGGUUCAUAACACUCAUCCCUUUCAAUAAUGUGGACAUGGAUCUCCGAACUCUGAGAGCCAUUCGGGUGCUCAGACCUCUCAAACUGGUGUCGGGGAUUCCCAGUCUGCAGGUGGUGCUGAAGUCCAUAAUAAAAGCAAUGGCACCACUGCUGCAGAUUGGUCUGCUUGUAUUGUUUGCCAUUGUCAUUUUUGCCAUAAUUGGGCUCGAAUUCUAUUCAGGGGCCUUACAUAAAUCCUGUUACAGUUUAGAAGAUUUCGAUGUUAUAGUUAAAGAGGGAGAUUUAGAAACUCCUUGUAAUGCAGACAGCGAGUUGACUGCACCAAGAGGAAGUUAUGUUUGUGAUGCUAAUAUUUCUACUUGUUAUGAAAAAUGGGAUGGGCCAAAUUUUGGAAUAACAUCAUUUGAUAACAUUGGCUUUGCAAUGUUGACUGUAUUCCAGUGCAUUACUAUGGAAGGAUGGACAGCCAUUCUUUAUUGGACAAAUGAUGCACUAGGUAGUUAUUUCAACUGGGUAUAUUUUGUGCCAUUAAUCGUCCUGGGUUCCUUCUUCAUGCUCAAUUUAGUUCUUGGUGUUCUUAGUGGUGAAUUUUCAAAUGAAAGAACUCGUGUUGAACGAAGAGCAAAAUUUUAUAAAACUCGAACUAAACAACAAUUUUCCCAAGCAUUUGGGGCAUAUCUCAGUUGGAUCACUCAAGCAGAGGAAGUAAUCCUUGCAGAAGAACGAACUACAGAGGAGGAAAAAAUGCAUAUUAUUGAAGCAAGAAGAAGAGCAGCAGCAAAAAGAAAGAAACUGAAAAACUUGGGAAAAAGUAAAAGUACAGAUACUGAGGAAGAAGAGGGCGAGGAAGAAGAUGAAGAUGUGCCUAAGAAAAAACUGAAAGGUUUCUCUCGAGCUUCCUAUUUGAAAUCAAAAGUAAAAAAUAAAGGGGCAUGUGUACAGUUUUGGAGAGCAGAGAAAAGAUUCAGAUUCUGGAUCCGUCAUACUGUUAAGACCCAGUGGUUCUACUGGUUUGUUAUUGUGUUGGUUUUUCUCAACACUCUUUGUACUGCUGUAGAAUAUUAUGGUCAACCACAAUGGCUUACUGAUUUCUUAUAUAUUUCUGAAUUUGUAUUCUUGGGUCUUUUUAUGAUGGAGAUGCUUAUCAAGAUGUAUGCCCUUGGACCUCGAAUCUAUUUUGAAUCUUCAUUCAAUCGUUUUGACUGUGUAGUGAUCAGUGGCUCCAUCUUUGAAGUGAUAUGGUCUGCUGUGAAACAAGGCUCAUUUGGUAUAUCAGUUUUACGAGCCUUGCGCCUUCUAAGGAUAUUUAAAGUUACAAAGUACUGGUCAUCGCUGCGCAAUCUUGUGAUAUCCUUGUUGAAUUCGAUGCGCUCCAUCAUCUCACUUCUGUUCCUGCUCUUCCUGUUUAUCCUUAUUUUUGCCUUACUUGGUAUGCAGUUGUUUGGUGGUCAAUUUAAUUUUGAAGAUGAGACGCCACCCACAAACUUCAACACAUUUCCUAUUGCUCUACUGACAGUCUUCCAAAUUCUUACUGGUGAGGACUGGAAUGAAGUGAUGUAUCAAGGAAUUCGUUCUCAGGGUGGAAAUAGUGGUGGUAUGAUCUACUCACUUUAUUUUAUCAUUUUGGUUCUGUUCGGAAACUAUACACUGCUGAAUGUGUUCUUGGCCAUUGCUGUUGACAAUCUGGCCAAUGCACAAGAACUGACUGCAGCAGAAGAAGAGCAAGAAGAGGAAGAUAAAGAGAAACAGCAAGAAGAACUGCACAAGGAGAUGGAAGCUCUGCAGUUAAUGGGCGGGUGUAGUUCACCUCCAAAAGUUGAAAUAUGCCCGCCCUCACCAACGCACAAUUUUAAAGGGAAGAGCAAUAACAAUAAGAAAGAAGAAGAUAAGAAGGAGGAGGAUGAAGAUAUGACUGGUCCAAAGCCAAUGCUGCCAUAUUCGUCAAUGUUUAUUUUUUCCCCAACCAAUCCAGUUCGACGCGGAGCUCACUGGGUGGUCAACAUGAAGUAUUUUGACUUCUUCAUAAUGGUAGUCAUCAGCUUAAGUAGCAUAGCUCUCGCUGCCGAAGAUCCUGUAGACGAAAAAUCAAACCGAAAUCAUAUUUUGGAUUAUUUUGAUUAUGCUUUCACUGGAGUGUUCACAAUUGAAAUGAUUUUGAAGAUUCUUGAUCUUGGAGUAAUCCUCCAUCCGGGGUCAUAUCUUCGAGAAUUCUGGAAUAUUAUGGAUGCUGUUGUUGUUAUUUGUGCUGCUGUUUCAUUUGCAUUUGAUAUGAGUGGAAGCAAAGCGGGUCAAAAUUUAUCUACUAUUAAAUCUCUCCGUGUGCUGAGAGUCCUGCGUCCUCUAAAAACCAUUAAGCGUGUUCCCAAACUUAAGGCUGUGUUUGACUGUGUUGUAAACUCUCUCAAGAAUGUCAUCAACAUUCUCAUCGUGUACAUAUUAUUUCAAUUCAUAUUUGCUGUCAUUGCAGUGCAGUUGUUUAAUGGAAAAUUCUUCUUUUGUAAUGAUGAAAGCAAAUUCACCAAAGAUGAAUGCCAGGGCCAAUUUUUUAUUUUUAAUGGUGAUAAUGUACCUGAACCAAGAAAUAGGGAAUGGAAAACUCAGGCCUUUCAUUAUGACAACGUAAUGGUUGCAAUGUUAACAUUGUUUGCUGUGCAAACGGGUGAAGGUUGGCCACAAGUGCUUCAGAAUUCAAUGGCCACAACACAGGACAACCGUGGUCCUAUACAAAAUUAUCGAAUAGAAAUGUCCAUCUUUUACAUUGUGUAUUUUGUCGUAUUCCCUUUCUUCUUCGUAAACAUCUUCGUUGCCUUGAUCAUCAUAACAUUCCAGGAACAGGGUGAAGCUGAAUUGCAGGAUGGAGAAAUAGAUAAAAAUCAGAAAUCGUGCAUUGAUUUUACAAUUGGUGCUCGUCCUCUCGAACGAUAUAUGCCUAACAAGAGGAAUGGUUUCAAAUACAAAAUUUGGAGGAUUGUAGUAUCAACACCAUUUGAAUAUUUUAUAAUGAUUCUUAUUGUUUUCAACACCUUGCUGCUUAUGAUGAAGUAUGACAACCAAAGCACAUUAUACAAGAAUACUCUCCACUACAUGAACAUCGGAUUCACCAGCAUGUUUACCAUUGAGUGUAUUCUCAAGAUUGUCGCUUAUGGAGUUCGGUACCAUGAUGCUCCAGCAUUGUUCGAGGAUAUACUUCAUAUCAUGAAUGCGCUGUUCACCAUGUUCUUCCUGAUUGAAUGUAUCAUGAAAAUGAUUGCAUUUGGAUGCAAGAAUUUCUUCAAAGAUCCUUGGAAUACAUUUGACUUCAUCACUGUUAUUGGCAGCAUUGUAGAUGUUUUAGUUAUUGAAUUUGGGGAGAAAUUCAUCAACGUGGGAUUCUUGAGGCUGUUCCGAGCCGCGCGCCUCAUUAAGCUGUUGAGACAGGGCUACACCAUCAGGAUAUUAUUGUGGACUUUUGUGCAAUCUUUUAAGGCGCUGCCAUAUGUCUGCCUCCUUAUUGCCAUGCUGUUUUUCAUCUAUGCCAUUAUUGGGAUGCAGGUAUUUGGAAACAUUGAUCUGGACCCUGAAACUUCCAUCACCCGGCAUAACAACUUCCGCAGCUUUGUUCAGGGUCUAAUGCUGCUUUUCAGGUGUGCAACGGGGGAAGCCUGGCCUUCAAUAAUGUUGUCCUGCAUCAGUGGCAGACCAUGUGAUAAACUUGCUCGGAAACCAGGAUCUGAAUGUGGCUCCAACCUAGCUUAUGCCUAUUUUGUUUCUUUUAUAUUUUUCUGCUCUUUUCUUAUGUUGAAUCUUUUUGUAGCAGUUAUAAUGGAUAACUUUGACUAUUUAACUAGAGAUUCGUCCAUAUUGGGCGCACAUCAUUUAGAUGAAUUUGUUAGAAUAUGGGCUGAAUAUGACCCAAAUGCUACGGGUAAAAUACAUUAUACUGAAAUGUAUGACAUGUUGAAAAAUAUGGAUCCUCCUCUGGGAUUUGGCAAUAAGUGCCCUAAUCGCCUUGCAUACAAGAAGCUCAUAAGAAUGAAUAUGCCAGUUGAUGAAGAUGGAAAGGUCAAUUUCACCACCACAUUAUUUGCACUUAUACGAGAAAACCUUAGCAUCAAAGUCAGAAGUGCUGAUGAAAUGGACCAGGCAGAUGAAGAGCUGAGAGAAACAAUACAGAAUAUUUGGCCUCUUCAAGCAAAGAAGAUGCUAGAUCUUCUGAUACCUAGGAAAGAAGAACUUGGUAAAGGGAAGCUUACAGUUGGCAAGAUCUAUGCUGGCCUGCUGAUUUUGGAAAGCUGGAGAACAACAAGGUUUGGACAGAUCGAAUCAGCUGGUGUGCCGGGAUUUGGUGGUCAUAGUCCUUCCAAUAAUGAGGCGGUGUUGGAACUUCAGGAUGUGGCUGUUGCCUCACGACACGCAUCACUCGAUUCCCUCCCAGAUCAACAUCUGCAUCCAUCAAGUUAUGCACCACACAGGACAACUGCAACUUCACGAUCACCAAGUCCCAGGAGAGGGCCCUCACCAACUCCAGCAAGGGGCAGUUCAUCUCCACACAGACACCUUCAUCAUCCACAUCACAUGCAUCACCAUGAUAUUGGCUUCAGUGAUACAGUAGUAGAAGUUGUGAAACAUGGAUAUGGUUGGAGAGGAGGAGAUAUACAAGGUCCGUGGUCUGCAUCAACGAGUCCAGCCCGUUCACCGAGUCCCACGAGAGGUCAUUUUUACACUUCGAGGAAUUCUCGGCCAUACGGUACAACGAGUCUGGAGAAGAGAUCACGUUCCCCUUCCCCCCUGGGUGCCAGUGCAACAUCGGGACAGAGAGCCAGUGUGAGUGCGAGUGUAAGACCGGGUCUCAAUGCUGCUACGCAGUCAGGUCAUGUUCCACAUCACCACCAUCCUCACCAACACAGUUACCCCGUUCUCGUCGCACGACGUGGACAGGGUCGCCGACUGCCUCCAACACCCAACAAACCCUCCACGUUACAGCUGAGGCCGGCCUCGAUAAACUUCCCCAAACUGAACGCUUCUCCUACACACUGCCCACCGACUGGUCAGCCCCACACAGCCUCGGCACCCGUCCCAGGGGCACCGGUGCCCGUGCCCGGUCCGGGUGUCACGGCACCGGGGAUGUCCCAGACGGCCUGCCCACUGAGCUUCGAGCAAGCAGUGGCGAUCGGUCGAGGAGGACGUAUGUUGCCUUCACCGGUGCCCAACGGCUACAAGCCCGGCCAACAGCAACGAGGCAGGCACAGCGAUUCGGACGAUGAUGACUGGUGCUAGCGGGGCCGCCUGGCCCGGAGCUGGCUGGGGCAGCGGUGGCCCCAUGCCUCUCACGGGGCGGGCGCUCAGACAGUAUAGUGCUGGUACACUUAACAUUUUUCUAUUUUGCUAAAACUCGGGCGCACCUUAAUCGAUAUUUGCUUAGCGAUUAUUAAAGCUGGACCAUUACAAUUUGUCUACUGGGACUCUGAGAGUCAGUAUGAAAACAGUCCCAAGUCAAAAACUGUUGUAGUACUCAUUCCGUUAGCAUUUUAUCUAAUGUAAUAAAAUAGUUUUUCUAGUAUAUAACUUGUUUGUAAAAACGGUCAUAUAGAAUCGUGUAGAAUUUUUUCACCGUCAAUACCUCAGGAAAACUGGCAACUAUUUAUGUGAUGAGAAGCCAAUCACUGUGGCAUGAAAAUGCCAUUUCAGGACCGUACCGUGUGGCUUCGUCAGCAACCGUGCCGGUUUGUUCUUACGGUUGUAAUUUUACUUUUGUAGCUGUGCACAUUCAGACCGUCUGGUUCUUUGUGACCACUAUGUGAUCAUAGUUUGGCUUUAAUUUUAUUAGAUACAUCUUUGUAGAAUGGAUUGUCUCUCUUUUUGUUACCAGAAAUGAUUUUGUUGUGAUAUGUUUUAAUCGAGUGCUGUAUAUUUUUUGGGUUACACGUUUUAGCAAAUCUUAUAGACUCUGAAACAUGUACAGCAGAAGAGGUCUUUGCUGUGUAUCUUUCGAAUGCAUUUUUAUACGUCUUCACGGGCGUAUAUAGAUUUCUAGAUUUCCAUUUGAAUUAAACUUUCAGCAAAGUACACAGCCAAAUCGUACUAGAUAUUUAUCAAUAAUAGGAAGACUGUGAUAAAAAAAGCCUUCAGUGAUUUUUCAAUUUAAUUAUAAAUUAUUCCCAGCGAAUUUUUAAUUAUUACCUCAUGAUUUUAUGCCAUUUUACAUUUUUUAAAAUACCGUAGUAGUUAAUUCGUUAAAUAUUUUUGGGUAUGUUAUUUUGCUACAUUUGUGUAGUAGUUUCUUCUAUUCAGAAUCUCCUGCACUCAGUCUUUUCUCAUUCUGGUCUUUGAAAAUUGGUUUUAUAAGUGGUAACAUAUAGUGACCUUCACUGGUUUGCAAAGGCAGACCAUGUAUAAGCAGUGGAGCUCACAGGUAAGAUAUGAAUUUAAGGUGAUGACAGGUAUUUGUUGCUAUGUUCACUGUAAUAACUGCAGUUACAGCAACAGUGGGAAGCUAUAAAGUUGUAUUUGGUCAGUAAAUUUUUUUCAGGAUGAAGCACAACAUUUUCAGCUAAGGGUGAUUCUAAACUUUUCUUGCUUAAGUACAUUACAAGGCGACUGACUUUUUUUUAUUUUUUUUUUUUUUUAAAAAAAGGAUAUGUUGAAGCAACAUUUGUUUCAUGUGUGUAUAUAAAAUUUCAAAUUGGGAACAAUAUCAUCGUACUAGCAGUCACUUAUACUUGGCAAACAAAGACAAUGCCAUCUUUCAUGGCAAUUUCUGCUAUUGUAUUUCACUCAUGCAAGUAUUGCAUCACUGAGUUGUAACAUAACCCUGUGAAAAAUUUGUUGAAUGAUGUGAUUCAUCAUGAAAAAUACUAUCUGACAUGUGGACCAGUAAUGUGGAUACAAGUAAGGGCCUAAAUUUUAAUGGGGACAGGAAAGAGCGACCGAAUGAUUUGAGGACUGAAAAUGUUGGGGUUUCAUUUGCCUUUAAAGUGUUUAGAAACUAUGUUUAAAGAAAUUCCUUCUUAUUUGAAAUUUGAGAAGGAUUUAGUAUUGUUCUACUAAUUUAUAAACUCUUUCCACUCUCCAUAACGUGUGACAAAGUUGCCUUAAAAAUAUGAAUUGAUUGAUUGAUUGAUUGAUUGAUUGAUUGUGUGUUUUUUAAUUUCAUGUUGGUACAGAAUAAACAUUUUAUAUGACGCUGAUUACUAUAUUGUAUGCAUAAAGUGAAUGUAUGUUUGUACGCACGUGUGUGUGCCUGAGCAAGUUUCAAACAUAUACAGAGAAAUAUAUAUAUAUUAUAUAUUUACAAAAUAUAUAUCCCUCCCAUUGUUGCAUGCACACAUAUAAACUGGUCUGAAGAAUCUGCUUAUGGAAAUUGUUCAUUAAGAUAGUUACAUGCCAAUUAAUCAUGUGCCAUUUUACUACAAACACUGUUACAAAGUGAUUAAAAAGAAAAGCAUACCGAUAUAUUUGGUUGUAUCAUAUUUUGUCAUUUUAUGUUAUUUAUACUAUUAACAGUUUUAUAUAAUUAAUUUAAAUAACACAAAUAUUUGAAGUAUCAGAUACGGCACAUUCCUCAUCAUUGAAUUUUUAAAUUAAUUAUUGAGUGGAAUAAAAAGUCUUUACAGUGAUGCCCGUAUUUCCUGUUACAGGUCCCUAUUCCUUAUAAAAUACCUAGUUUCAAUCAAUUUCCGUAGAUUUCUGUAUCAGAUUUAUCAUAGACAUGAUUGGACUCUGGUAAACUGCUUCUCUCUAAAACUAUAAAGGGCAACAUAAAUCAUAGUAAGCAGAGAAAGGGGCUACACAUAUGAAGAUGACAUUAUCUGCCAUAUCUUCUUCAUACCAUUUUACCUGCAACCUGAAGUUUAAUAAUAUACCAAGUUUAUGCAGAUGCUUUUUAGGUAACAGUAACUCAUUAAUAGCCCUACAAACAACCUUAUCUGACUGAGGAAUCGGCCCUAUGUGAACGCUUUGUUAUAUUUUUAGAAUAAAUUGUUUUGUGAAAUUUAACUUACUUAAAAUUCUGUUUGUAUUAUAUGUUUCAGAAACUUUGAUUUUACAGCAGUCAGACAAGAAAUGUGCAUGCUAAAAAUGUUCCCUUAUUGUAUUACUUAUUCUGUAAAUAUUCACAUUUUCUAUAAAUAAUAACAAUGUUUAUUACAAAAGUUUCACUGCAGAAUUAUUAAAAAUUUAAAAAAUAAAAUAAUGUUAAUAAAAGAACAACAGUCUGGUUACUACUGCAAAACGGAUGAAAAAUCAUGAACCAUAUUUACAUUAGAUGUAGAAAUAUAACAGAAUCAAUUACUACAAGCAAUUAUUUCAUGACUAAACUUCCAAGUUUCAUAUAUAUUUUUAAUGUUUUCUCAUUUCAUUCUCAAACUAAUUCAAUAUACUGAGACAGUGCAAACAUUGAGACAGUGAAAAUUGGGAUUUUAUUGUACAAUACCUCCAAGUUUGCCUUCAUAUUUCACAAAUAUUUCACCAAAGUUUUUGUAACAAAACUGUAUUGUUUUUUUCUAGCUUGAAACUUAUAAUUUGAUCUUUCAACUUACCAUCAUGAGUUUAUUCUUAAACUGCACAAUUAGCAUUUAAAUUUUCAAAAGAAAAAAAACUAAAUCCCGAUUGCCUGUAUACUGUACACUUACUUCAGAUUUUAAAAGCUAAAUAAAAAGAAAAGAAACAAAUUUGGCAUGUUUCAUAUGUAUUUAGAGGUAUCACAAACCUCUCCUUCAUAUAGUACAUUAACAGAAAGAAAUUUAAAUUUCCUUAUAAAAAAUGACCUCAAAACAUUGUUCAUCAAGUUUGUUGUUACCAUGAAUGAAAUACUCUGAAACAGAAAUUGUAUUCUAAACUGUAUUUUAUUCAUUUCAUAGAACUCCUGUAAAUGACAACUCCAUUACAUCAGAUUUAUUAAUGUUUGCUUGGUAGUGUUAUAAAUCCCUUGUUUACAAAUUCAUAAUAAAGACUGCUGAAAAUAUGGAAAUGAAGCGAAAUUGUCUAAACUUACAACUACUGUUCAAGGUUAAUACUUAUUUAAAAUGUGUUUCCAAAGGAAAUGCUCAUUUUCAAAAAUGAAUUUUAAUGAAUCUGACUUAUUUAUUUAGAAUGGGUUUUCCUCAGUUACAAAAUGUAAAUGUUAAGAUUGUGUUUCCAUACUCCCCUAUGAACAAUUAUUCACAUUUAUGAAUUGCUAAUUGGAAUUUGUAUUUGUAAUUUUUUGUAGUCAGUUGACAGGUGUAAAGUAAUAGCUAUGUUAGCUGUUCCAUUAAAUGUUAAGAAUGAGGUAUCACUUCAGCACUGGGAAAUCACAACACAUUUCUUAGGGGCCACAUGCCUUUCAGAAUUCAUGGUAACAGCUAAUUUGUUGGUGUUCUUUCCAAAAUUUAUUUGAAACAUCAUUUUAAAGGAAAACUGACUGAUAAGAUUCAACACAGAUUCUAAUUCAGGUGGCUGCUCCUUGACUAGCUCAAUGAUUUUAUACUAUGUCAUUCAAGCUUAACAUUAUGCUGCUAUUUGAAAAUACUCCUUUGGUUGCUUAUCAGUACAUUGAAUUAUUUUUGGAUUACUAUUUUUAAAACAUGUAAAUUAGACACAGUUUUGUCUUUGUACAGAAUUCAGUCAUGCAGAUAAAAAUCUCAUACUUUAUUUAGUUCAUAACUAUGGUUGGAACUCUGCAUUUUGAAAACAAUUACUGCUUUGUUCCUCUGAGUCAAAUUAUUUGUCUUGAAGAAAGUGAUAUUUUAUUGUAUUCAAGCUUUAAUAAGCAUUUACUUGAAAUUUUCAUUCAGGCUGAGCCCUUUGGGAAACUUUUUCACUGCCCCAAUUAGUGUGUGAUAUAGCAAAUUUUAUUAAAAACUGUUCUGACACAGUCUGUAUUACUCAGAGAAAUCCAGUAUUUCAAAAUGCCUUAACUAAUCAGCUAAUGGUAGUUGGAAAAUGUGUAAUUGGUUAGUUACUUUCUGAAGUCCUGUUCCUCCAUCUCCAAAAAAUGUGAUAUAAGUGAGCAAAAAAUUAAAUAUUUUCUUUGCAGAAAAUAUACCUUUUAUCUACAACCAAUUUUCUGCAGUGUGCUAAUGUAAUCAAUCUCAUGUAACAUUCUGCUACUUUUGCUCAAAGGUGAUUGCUUCUAAUUCACUGUAGCUUGAAAUGUUUCAUUGAAUCGAACGUAUAUAAGAUCUCACAAUGGUUAUACAAAAUAAUUUUUAAUAUAAUUGACUAAUGACUGCGGAGAAAUAUUUUUAAUUUGAAUUCUGUGUUAUUUAUUUAAAAAAUUCAUGGGAAUGACAGAAUAAGUUCUUUGAAAUCGAAGUGGUAUCUGCUUUAAGUACUUUGGCAAGGAAAACAAAACCAUUUAACAUCCAGUCUCUCAAACUUGGUUCUUAUGUAUCUUUGCUCUUUCCUUUUCCUCUCCUCCUUUUCUUCCUAUGUUACAUGCUUGCUUUAUACAGUCACUGCCAAGACAGAGUCACUCGUGUACACCCUCCAUUUUAUUUAAUUUGUUUUCUCUGAACAAAGAUUAUUAUAUGUGAUUAUGAUAUCCUGAAAAGAAGAAAGUGGCCAUUUUUAUGAAUAUGGUCAUGUAAUGAAACACACCAUGAGACAUCCAAAAUAAAUUAUUAACAUGAGCUUUCAGUUUCUUGUUUAAUAGGACAGAUAGGGCAGAUAGGAAGUCAUUUGUCAAGAUAGUCUUUGGUGACUAAAUAAGAAUUUCUAUCUAUAAUGAAGAUGUCAGACUGUUAAUUUGUCUACAAAUAUGUAUGAAUUCGUAUAUUUUUAGAUGUUACGUAGCUAAUUACUUAUGCACUUUUUGCUUCACAUUAAUGAUUUUAUCUCACUCUUCCACUUUGCUCCAUUUGAUUCUGUUUCUUUAUGCCUUAUUAUUUUAUCUCUAGUCCAAUUUGCUUAAUACUCAGCUUUAAUUUCUUUGUAUUUAGCUUUUCAUGGUCAAAUCUUGUAUCAUCAUCAAUUUUUGUACUGACAUUCCUUACAGUUUCUUAUACCUUGUUCUGCAUUAUGAUAUAUGUCUCCUAAUUUACUGCUAUGGGUUUUGUAUUACACACAAAUAAAUGGGUCUGUAAUUAAAAGUGGCUUUUACUUUCAUGUUUUUUGAGAAACAUCUCUAUUAUGGAAUUAAAACAUCUGAGAGGUGAAAAAUGUUCUUUCUUUCUAACAAAUUCAGUACAACUUCUCACUGUGUCUCUUUUUCAUAAAUGAUGUUUCUUCAUUGCACAAAGAGGAUUAUCUUUAGUUCAUAUAUGUCAUUAAAUUUGCUCUAGCACAAUUAUGAACUAGUUUACUAUGAACAAAAGAAGCCAAAAUGUUUAAAAAUGCUCUAACUGCCCAGGUAGAUGAUAUUUUUAUAAUUUACAUAGUUCGUUGCCAUCUCUCACUUUUCCUCCUCGUCAUGAUAUCAACUAUUCUAAUAUACAAAGUCAACAAUUUUCCAUAUGUUCAUAUUAUGACACUGUCAGCUAGAAAAUUUCUCUAUUCUGCUUGAAUGUGCCACAUUUUCCAUAUUGGAAAAAUUAUCAACCUCAGUAGUCCUACCAUGUUGAAAGAGGCAUUCUCUGUAAGUUUCCUAUAUUUGAUGUGGAAUAUUCUAGUAAUUCCAAUAUUUGCACAGACAAUAAUUGCAUACUGAUGGUCCUUUAGUAUUUGAAAAAUAUGUCAGAUUUUUUUAUUUUAUUUUUUAUUUUAUUUAUUUACUGUCAUAUGCAAAAUUUAGUUGAAUUGCAGUUUAUACCUUUUGAAUGUGAUUAUGAAAAUUGUUCAUAGCAUUGAAUAUGGGUCAUAGACAUCAUCAUAAAUCUGUCACAACAAACAGUCAUAAGAUGUUGCCUGGAGACAUCUGUUUUAGUUUCUUUGACUGACAGCUGUUCUGUGGAUAAUCUCAUUUUCACCAGCGUAGGUGGCUAGCAAAACAUGAGACUUUCAAUGGAAUAACUGUCAGUUAGAGAACCUGACUCAAAUGCCUCUAGACAAUAUGUUAAGAAGUGGCCACAAAAGUCUCAAAAACUGGAGGUGUAUACAGUGUCUGACCCAUCAAAUCCCUUUGUCAGGAAAUAGUGUUACAACAGAUAUAUUUCGGAUCUACUUUGCAGAAAUUAAUUACUUCUCUUUUGACAGGAGAAACAGUCACAGCCAAAACAUUCCUUCAUUUGUAGUACUUAGAUGUGAAGAACUAUGAACCGUAUAGAAGUUUAUUCCUAUUUAAAAUCAAAGACUUUUUUAUAAGUAUUCACUGAUUCUCCAUCUUGGUGAAUAUGAAAUAUCUGUGGGUCCAGCUUGUCAUUCUCAGAAGACAACAUUAUGUGAGAUAACUGCUAACAUGAAGUUCUCAGCUGUAGACAAACAUUAUGUUAUGUACAGUAUUUGCUAUACAGAAAUUAUUUAUCUAUAUGUGAGCACUAUAUGUAAUUGCUUGUAACAGAGGACCUGAAUCAAUUUGAAUAAUUUUUUUAUUGGAAUUUAAUAAUAUUUAAUAAAGUCCUGUGACUAGCGCA